AUGGCCAUUCGCCAAGACACCCAAAACAAUCUCAGGAUUGCUAAUGUCAACCCUCACAAAUAUGCCACCCCGCUGAUCCCAACCAGCUUUGCCAAAUUAUUACUGUACAAGGGAUUCUAUGACUACGUAAAACUGAAAGGAGUUGAUGUUGGUCAACCUCUGGAGCUUGAUGUUCUUGUUGAUGGAACAGUUCUGACAGGGUCUGGACUAUCGAGCUCUACAGCUUUUGUUUGUUCUUCAACAAUUGCUAUUAUGGCUGCUUUUGGUGUGAACUUCCCAAAGAAAGAAAUUGCACAACUUACGUGUGAAUGUGAAGGAUACAUUGGAACACAAUCUGGAGGAAUGGAUCAGGUAAUCUCUGUCAUGGCCAAAACUGGGUGUGCAGAUCUUAUUGAUUUUAACCCAAUCUGUACACAACUUCCUGCUGGUGGGACAUUUGUAAUAGCUCAUUCUUUGGCUGAGUCUCAAAAGGCUGUCACUGCCGCUACAAAUUAUAAUAAUAGGGCUUUUGAAUGCCAUUUGCCAUCAAUUGUUCUUAGUAUAAAGCUUGGAAUGAAACCAAGGGAGGAAAUUUUAAACCUUAAAACACUCUCUGAUGUUGAAGGUUUAUGCUUAUCGUUUGCAAGUGUUCAUAAAUCUUCUGAUCCUGUCCUUGCUAUCAAGGAAUUUUUGAAGGAAGAACCAUACACAGCUGAAGAAAUUGAGAAAAUUAUUGAUGAAAACCUCACCUCAAUUUUUAGCAAUAAUCCUAUUUAUUUGAAUGUCAUAAAAGCUGCUGAGCACUACAAGUUACAUCAGAGAGCUACCCAUGUGUAUUCUGAAGCCAAGAGGGUACUUGCUUUCAAGGAUAUUGUAUCCUCAAAACUCAGCGAGGAGGAAAUGCUAAAGAAGCUUGGUGACCUUAUGAAUGAGAGUCAUUAUAGCUGUAGUUUUCUAUACGAAUGCAGCUGUUCAGAGUUGGAGGAACUUGUCAACAUUUGCCGCAAAAAUGGUGCAAUUGGAGCUAGACUUACUGGAGCAGGAUGGGGUGGCUGUGUUGUUGCUUUGGUGAAAGAGUGCAUUGCUUCUCAAUUUAUCCUUGAUUUGAAGGAACGUUUCUACCAGUUUAGGGUGGACAAGGGUGAUAUCAGCAAGAAUGAUCUUGACCUUUAUGUAUUUGCUUCUAAGCCUUCCAGUGGUGCAGCAAUUUUCAAGCUUUAGUAUUAUAUCAAAUCCUUGGAUAUCUUCUUUGAAGGCUGAAAACAUGUUAAUGUUAGGUGAUGCUUGUUUCAAAUAUGUAAUUAGAUUUUCAGGAAUAACUAUACUUGGA